UUUGUGGUGGCAUUCCGGUUUGUGUUUUGUCCUGCUUCUCUAAAGUGGACAUAAACUCUUGUCUCUCUUUCUCUCUUGGUUCUUUAGUGCCGGAACUUUGCCUGUUACCUUCCGUUGCCUGGAAGAAAACCUGGGAAUCGAUAAGCGGGUGACUAGAUUUGUCCUCCCGGUCGGAGCAACCAUCAACAUGGACGGUACAGCCCUUUAUGAAGCGGUGGCCGCCAUCUUUAUUGCCCAGAUGAAUGGUGUUAUCCUGGAUGGAGGCCAGAUUGUGACUGUGAGCCUCACGGCCACGCUGGCGAGUGUGGGUGCAGCCAGCAUUCCCAGCGCGGGCCUCGUCACCAUGCUCCUCAUCCUGACGGCUGUGGGCCUGCCGACGGAGGACAUCAGCCUGCUGGUGGCCGUGGACUGGCUGCUGGACAGGAUGAGAACUUCAGUCAAUGUUGUGGGGGACUCUUUUGGGGCUGGGAUUGUCUAUCACCUCUCCAAGUCUGAGCUGGAUACCAUUGACUCCCAGCAUCGAGUGCACGAAGAUAUUGAAAUGACCAAGACUCAUUCCAUUUAUGAUGACGUGAAGAACCAUAGGGAAAGCAACUCUAAUCAAUGUGUCUAUGCCGCACACAACUCUGUCAUAGUAGAUGAGUGCAAGGUGACUCUGGCAGCCAACGGAAAGUCCGCCGACUGUGGAGUUGAGGAAGAACCGUGGAAACGUGAAAAAUAAGGAUAUGACUCUCAGCAAAUUUUUGAACAAACUCCCCAACGUAUCUUAUGGUAAAAAGAGAAUAUAAACAAGCUGUCUUUAAAAAGGAAAAAAAAGUGCACCUAUUUCUGUGUUUACUUAAUCUGCUAGCCAAGGCUUCGAGGAUCUGUUGUGAGUCAGUGAUAGGCGCGGUGCUGUGUCUUUGCCAAGUGAUGCUUUGUAACUGCCUCAUUUUCUCACCUGUAUUAUUGUCUGAACGGAGAUUGCUGGAGGAAUCAGUUUGAAUUGAAGACACAUUCUUACCAGCUUCCCUUUGCUGUCUAAAUGCAGAGCCUCGGAAGCUCUUUUCCCAGGGGCAUGACUAAAGCGAUGUGGUACACUCCGGGGACUUGGGAUAAAGAGCAGACACUCAGUGUGUGAUUCCUUCAAGUGUUCUCUGUGCUUCUGCUUUGUUAUGCACAAGAGAUUCUGUUAGAAGCCCCUAGACGUAAUUCUCUUGAAAUGUCUUGUAGAGUUUGCCCAUGGGUUGAUUAAAAGCAAUUCCCUGUCUUCGGGAACUCAGAAUCUAUCUUCUGUAUACUCUUUCAACUAAAUAUUUCAAAGAGGAUGGUAGUGGGAACCGUGUUCUUCAAGGCAGCUGAUUACGGAACCCACUGAGUUUCUGCUCUGCCCUAUCCAGUCUGGGGAAAUAAUCACUGAAAUUUCAAAGUAGAUUUCAUAAUUUGCUCUCAAUUUGAUUAUGGAUUAGGAUGUAAUUUGCAUAUGGCCGCUGUACAUAUUGACAAAAGUAAGAGAGCACAACCAAUGUAAACUUUAACCAGAUUCAAAUAUUCAAAUUCGUUUGUGUUUGGUUUGCAUUCACCUGGCAUAGUGAAAUCAAGUGAGAUGAUUUGAUUGAUGCUUUACUUUCUUUGUUUCAGCCGUAAAAUUCUUCUUUGGACUUCUAACAAAAAAAAAAAAGGAGAUUUUUUUAAUCAGCAAAUUAUUUUAGUUACAGUCUCAUUAACCUAGAAGGCCGAAUCAUUCGACUCUCCUCACACGUGGAGGACAGUUACAUUGGCUGCGCCUCUUAAUACCGUCUCUCGAUAAAAAACAAAACAUCGUCAUUGAUCUAACAUGUAGAAAGCUUUCUGUUGUAUUCUCUCAAAGCACCUAAAACUACUUACGGGGCACAGUUGAAAGCAGAGCCAAUCUGCUUCCCAGUCUUCUCUUUAGUAAGGAACAGAAAACAAACGUGCAAAAUCCUAUAAAGGUGACAUUCCCAUGGCAAAGUCAAGGCAGCCUUGAGCCACGAAAUGGGAGCAAAUGAUGGCUCCUCACAACUUCACAGAUGGCGUCUUCAAGGCUGUCAUGGUUUGAGGGAGUAAAUAAUCUAAGUGGAUUAGCACCGUGCCUUGUAUACCAUUGGCACCCAGUGAAUCCUGAUGAUGGAUUGUGCAAACUAAACUUGUCAGUUUCUCUACUAUCAUUUUCUGUUGAAUAACUCACAGUAUUUUCCUAAGGUUGCGGGCUUUGGGAGUUUGCUGGUAACUUGAACAUGAAUCACUGAGAAAUAAGUACAUUUGACUGACUGCGAGGAGCGUGUAGAACCUUGGUCCACACGUAGGAGUCAGGUGGUCAUCAGAGACCAGCAGAUGGGUGCUGGGGUACACACUAAUAGUCGUAGGGUCCAAAUGCUCUGAGAAGAGGUCAUGUAUAUAGGCAUCACAUACCCUUUAUUACCUAUUUUUGGUGACUUUUCUCUUCCAAACCAGACACCUUUGGAACAUGCAAGAGACAUAAGAUUCCAAUUGCUUUUGUCUCUCAAACCCUUGUUAUUUUUAGAUAAGGAUCACUGUUGAGCAGUAUUAAGCAGCUUUUUGCCUUUUUUUUUUUUUUAAAUAUUAUUGGUCUUCAUUUUCAUUAGAUGGACAGUUAAUUGGGUCACCAAGGACGUGCUGAAAUGUAGUAGUGGACAAUGCAUCCUUUACAGCAGAUCUUGUGGGUCAAGGGGACAUUUCCUGGAUUUAGCUGUGAAACUGUUAUGGAUUGUCUUUAAGUGGUGCUCCCAAGAGCUUUUUGACGGUAGAGAGAAGGAUCUAGGCAAGGCACUGAGGAGUUUGUGGGUUUCGCUGUUUAAGGCCAGCUUAGCACUUGUACACGCUGACAUGUUUCUCAAAAGAGUGGUCUUGGGAUCGUCUUCCCAAGACUCCGCCUCAAUGUCUUCCUGCUUUGCUUUGUCUUCCUAGUUAUCCUAUAAAUAUAUAAGGGGACAAUGUGUUCAGAAGAAACAAGAUGUGCAGCUUAACAAAACAGGUUUUUCUGGUGUAGACUACCUGUAAUACGUUUCACGAGAACAUACUUAGGAAAUCACUUUCAUCUGGAAAUUCACAUCAUAUUUAAACUGAAUAAUCUGUCAAAUUCAGGACUAACCUGAAAAUCCAGGAUGUAUGUAGAGCUGACGUAUGACUGUGUUCUCUAUUUUUUUAGGUCUCAUUCAUUCUUCUUAUGCCAUGCCCAUUUGGGCUUCCCUUGGCCAGCAUGAGUGCCAUAAACAGAACAAACAGAUCCAGAGUAUACCUCUAAGAACCUUUUUCUAAAUAAGAUACGUAUAAUCUUUCCGUUAUAUGCACAGAUUUAUAUUAAUAGGUUCAACACAGAUAUAAAUGCUUGUAACAGUUCAUUAAUAUUUGACGAUGCAUAAGUUAUAUACAGACACAAGAGGCCAGAUCCAUACACUGCAACCCAUAAGGUCUGUAAGUCAGGGCUUUGGCAACACCAUUUUGUUACAGACUCAUUCACUCUUUUUAGGAAUCCGAAUCAUUUUGAGGGAAAAUCAACUGAACAGACUUUCAUCCUCCCCUUUAUAAUUUUUGCCCACCAGCAUGGCUUUUGGACACCUUCUUGCACUUUCUGGUACUGCUGCAAUGGGCCCCUGCUUUCAUCCUUGGUCUGAGCCCAAACUCCUGCUAAAUAUGGAAUAGGUUUGGUAUUUACUUGAUUGCCAGAGAAGCCCCUACUUGAGAAACCCAAGUAGAAUUACCAUUUGAUUACCAACUACAAUUCAAUGAGCUAAAUCCAGUCAGCAGGAAGAAUGGCUUAUCUCUCAAGCUAAGGCUUUACCUUAGGUCUUUGAGGAUGUGCCUCCCGUGCAGAGCAUCACAGAAUCAAGGCAAUCAUCUAGAUCAUAUAGAUCUUCAAUAAAGGUCUUCAGGUAAUAAGAUCUGAACCAAGUAGAUGCCAGAUUCAAUUCUUUAUUUCCUGUUGGGUGUGGAAACACAGCCCGUAGUCUCAUUGCCUGAGGAAGUUACCUUGUCCCGUAAAAGAAAAGUAUUAGCUUCUCCUCUGCAACUAUUGGUCAGCCGAAAGAAAGGGUGCCAAAUGCCUCACUCCUGGAUUUAGAGUGGUGGAAACUGAGAAGGGAUUAGGGGAAAUUCAGUUUAUGGGGAGAUGUAUUCCUGGUAGGAAAUAUCAGGAAUCCCAGUGACUGAGUAGCUGGCCUCAGGUCAUUUCCAACCUUGCAUGGGGAAGUAUGUCACUUGCAAGCAUAUCUAGUCAAGAAACCCUUCCGGAGUUGGAUAACUCAUCUACUGGCUCCCUGAAAGGAAACCCAGUCCUGCCAUGUUUUUGCAAAUACCACACUUCCUUUGGUUCUCAGGAGCAAACGUUAUGGUACAGUGUUGUACUUUUGUCAGAAUCAAGGAAUCUAUCUGUGCUAUAGUUUCCCAUGAAACACGGCAGUAAGUCCAAAUCAGUACACACAUGCUCAGAGAGAAUUUUUCCAUGGUUCAGACUUUUGAUGAGAAGGUCUUUGCAGCUCUUGCUUGGCUUGAUGGCCAAAAGGGCUCAGCAGUUAAAACCCAAUGGAGGUGGCUCUUCUUCCCUGCUUUUUGAGUCUUGGGGCCAUACAGUUGUCUAGGUUGCUGGUAUCGCUUUCCUUAUUCUCCAAAUAAAUUCAUUCCAAGGCAAGAAAAAGGACCAAUGAGAUUUUUUUCAGUUACUGUAAUACGCACUCUUGGACUAUUAGGGUCACGCUAAGUGUACACUUUGUCCCCUUCACCUAUUUUGCCCAUCCCCCCCACUCACUUCUCCUCUGGCAACCAGCAGUUUGUUCUCUAUAUUCAAGAGUCUGGCCUUUUCAUUUGCCUCUUUUUAUCUUUGUUCCUUUGUUUUGUUUCUUAAAUUCCACAUAUGAGUGAAAUCAUCUGGUAUUUGUUUCUCUCUGAUGGGCUUAUUUCACUUAGCUUUAUAUCUCCUCUAAAGAUUAAGUUUAAGCAAAGAGCCCGAAGGAAUUCUGAAGUGAGAGUUUUGUACAUCUAGCUGGCAGAGAUUAACAGCCUCAGUAUCUCUGGUACUUUCUGGCUGAAAUCUAGAAUAAGGGCCGAGUGCCAACCUGGGCAGGCGCUAUAGGCAGACUGUUCUCCUUAGGUGAAGCGAGUCCAAAGCUGCUCAUGCUAUAGUUGCUUGUGGUUUUCCCAAAAGGAAAACCCAACUGCCCACUCUUCCUUCUCCUUUCUCAUUCCACCUGUCAUCAUUGCUGCUUAAGAGACAGUUUAGUAAAAGACCACAUGUUAGUGCAAGGGUUGGUUCUAGAAAAGAUGACAAGGAAUCUUAAUCGAAUACUAUCUCAUUUCAUAGCCUAACACAGUGAAUUCACAUAAUGACGUAGGGAGGAUGAGAAAUAAUGCCGUUGGGUACAAGAAACAUUUGACUUAGACUCUGCCAGCUUUUAGCUGUAUAACUUAGAUAAGUCGCUUUAUGCCCAAGCCUCAUUCCUUCCCAUAUGCAAAGUGAAGGGGUUGGAUUAAGUGAUUAAAACUCUCUUCGAGCCCUAAGGAUCCAUGAUAUUAUGAUCUCUGCUUUAAUUUCUUUUUUUCAUAAGAGGCUUACUACUAUAAAGUAUGACUUGCUUAUAUUUUAAGUCAGAGUGGCCCACAAUAAGGAAUAAUCAAUUUGGAUUGUUUUUCAUCCCCUUGGGGCAAUAUUAAAUUCAAGCCUCUCUCUUCAUUUGAUGUUUUACAACAAGCUUGGAAGAUGGCCACGUUAAUCCGUAGUUUGGUGUUUUGGGAUACAAACAGACAUCCUUUGACAAAACUGCCCUUUUGCCUAACUCAUUGUCUUAGUAGAAGUAGCAAUUCAGCUCAGAGAAAACUGCUGCCACAGGGGUAGGGCGAGUCCAGAGCCUCACUCAGGGCCUUAGAUCAUUCCCACUGUAGCAACAGAGCCCACUCCGACCCCAAAACACACAGUUUUCGCACACCGUCCUAAUUGCCAACCCAGUACGGGAAUCUGGGAGUCUUUGGCAAAUAAACUUGAACACUCUUAGGAAAUUUGGUGCAAGACUUACACAGUAACAGCAACUGUCUGUCAAUACUUUCCCUCCCUGCUUAAACACAGACAUGCACAGCCGAGCACAAGCGGCUGAGCCUGGGCCAAGUCCUUUCUCUGCAGGGAUAUUUGAAUUCAUUUUCAAAUGGUCGUCUUGGUUGGUUUUUAUCAUGGGCAUCCCAUCAUAGCUAUAGAGAAGCUCUACCUUACAAGAGUGGAGUUGUGCUGGUUAUCAUUGUACCCUUCCAUGCCUGAGGGAUUUCCAGGGCAGAUAAAGUGCAUGGUCUGUCUGCAAGGUGCAUGCCACCAGCAUGGCUUUUGGACACCUUCUUGCACUUUCUGGUACUGCUGCAAUGGGCCCCUGCUUUCAUCCUUGCUCUGAGCCCAAACUCCUGCUAAAUAUGGAAUAGGUUUGGUAUUUACUUGAUUGCCAGAGAAGCCCCGCUCUUUAGGUUUGGGGAAGCAAGACAUAAAUGUAGGAUGGAAAGGACUGGGUUAGGGUCUUCAUUGUUUUUGUUUGUUUGUUUGUUUUUUGAGUGCAGAAGACCCGAAGCAAGGACAGCAAGACAAAGGCUAGUUCUCCACUGACCCAUAGAAGAACCUAUAGACAAGCAAGAGAAGCCCACAAAUUCUUACUUCAUUCACUCAGAUUAUAUCCUAAAUAAUUACUGAUGGUUUUUUUUUUUUUUCCUAUGUCCAGCCUGGUUUCACCUGCCUACCUCCAGACCAAGUACCCAUUUUGAGAUUUUUAAAGUUCUUCUGAUUGUCAUACAGGGCCCUUUUGCGCCGAGACUGAACCUGGCUACUGAAACAGACCCACUGCUUUGCACAGUCAACGCAUGACCCAGAGCAUGGGUCAUCACAGCUCUCCAGUCUCUCUGGAGACACCCCCGAUCCCUGGGUGAGUGUUGGAACCUAACAGCUGACUGUGACCCUUGUCGUCAUUCCCUGUGGAGACGGGGAUGAUGCCAUCAGAGCCUUGCUCCCUCUGGGGCUCUGUUUCUCUCCAUGGCAACCAUUCAGCCUGCCUAGAAAUGGCUGUUGCCUCUGGUAGGAGAGAAACACACACAUUAGCUGAGGAAGCUGGUCUAGCACAGCUCUGAGGUUUCUCCUCCGCACAGCGAGUCCUCUGAGAUGUGUGAUCAGGAAGCUGGCCCGCUGGUUGCUUACUUACUACUCCAGGAGAGUAAUUUUCCUUACUAGGAACUCAACCUUGGGCAUCCAGAUCUUUCCAUAAAUCACCUUAACUUCUCCCUUCUUCCUUCUCCCCCUGGGGAACCUCAGCAUUGCAUUCCCAUGUUGAACAACACACAGAUCAGAUUAUCUGGUCGUUCUAGAGAUUUGUAUAUAAAAGACUACUUUUGUGAGGAUUUUUGUAUAUUGUUUUUCUAUUUGUUUUCUACGGCUUAAGGAGAGAACUGGCAAACUGUGAAUCUAAUUUGAUCUUGCUGCCAGCAGAUAUAUUUUGGCUUCCUGGUAAGAACCGAUAUUACCAGGGACAAUCCAUUGCCCUUCCAUUGCCUGGUGAUCAGUAUCGCACCCCGCUCACAAAUUCCUCCAGCCCGAUCUUACGUUCUUUUUUAAACAAAUCCCUGGGCUUCUUUGUUAUUAUUUAUAAAGAGCAUGAGGAAAUGUUUUUAUAGUCCUGGAUAUUAUAUGUUUAAUAUUGAUUUAGCCUUUAAUAAUGUUAUAGGUUUGUAUCUAUUCUUCAUAAAUCACAAAGAACUCAGUGUAGACUGAAUUAAUCUAUUUAGUAUCUGUAAUUUUGCAGACAGAUAUUUUCUUACGGUAUUUUCUAUAUAACCACAUAUGUAGAAUUAUAACUAAUUAGAGCACAAGACAUUUCUACAGCAACUUAGAGCUAUCAGUUAUUUCCUGAGCAUAUAACCGCAUUUGAAAAAUUUAAGAAUCCAGUCCUUUGCAAUGCAAUGAACAAAAUGACCAUAAAGAACAAGGAAUCACUUCAAUCCCUUAGCUGGUUAAGAUAUGCAUUUAAGCAAUUAGUCUUUUAAACUUGAGGAAUGGUGCUAAUUCCUUAGUCCUGACACCAAGCCUUGUUUUUCCAGCUAAGUGUUCAAAUUUCAGAGAAGUAAGAAGAUGAAAAAUAAGGUGAUAAGAGUGGGAUCAUUUCUAUAUCAGAACUUCCCCUGCCUUCCCAAUAAUUUAUGUCCAAAUUGGCUUAGGAAAACCUUGAAUAGCAGAGCUUGAGAGUGAGUGCUAGGAAGCAAAUCAAGACAGAUUUGUUGCAGUUCAUUCUUGCCAAGCAAAUUGGUAGUAAAUGUCACAUUGUUAUGUGAAUUGAGCACAUAUUUUUAAGAAAAAGGUUAUUAGUACCAGCUAUGAAGCAAUACUCUUAGUCACUGGGGCUGGAGGUGGGAGCUUAGAGUCACAAUGAAAUUGUUUAGAAGAAGCCCAGGUAGAUUCUGUCCUCAGGUGAAUAACAAUCUAUGUAAUUUUCCCCAAAAGGCAAAUCGGUAGCCACUGCAAAGACAAGGGGGUCUUCCUUCUGCCAAACACACUUUCUGAUAUGGUUGUAGGGCUAGUAUUUUUGCCAUGUUUUAAAAAGAUAGUCAACUCCAUAGAAAGUGUACUGGUAUAUAUUUGAAGCUGUUCCUCAAUAAGCAAACAGAUUAGAAGUGCCCUCAACUGGCAAUGAUUGUAUCUGUGAUUUUCAAGUACAAGAUAGCUGUUCAAAGCAUGACGUUCUUGUGUGUAUACGGUGACACUUGGUUCACGCAUGAAGAACAGUGCCUAUGCACUUUGUGUAGCUAUAAUGUAGGUAUCUACGUGUAAUUUCAGUGAAAUUGGUGUAGAGAUGUAUUUUAAUUUAAUUUAAAUGUUAUUUUUGGCUCUUCAUCUAAAUGCAGUAGACAUGUCGAUUGGUGUUUUGAAAACCCUUCUUUUCCCUCUUAGAUAACUAGUGAAUCACUUCUCCUCUUCUUAAAUGUGAUUUAGGGGUAUGUAUCAGUGCAGAACUUCUCUAUGAAUCCUUUGUACCAAUGAUUGUGUGAAAGUCUGGGUGUCUAGCAUCUUUGUAAAUACGCAGUUCAGAGCAAGGGAGGGUUGGAUGUGUGUCACGAUUCUUAGUGAAAGGUCAUCUGACGUCCGUCUAAUGCCUGGUGAUUGCAGCUGUGGAGCUUUUGAUGAUCUAGGCUUAGGUAGGUUUAGAAUGAGGACAUUUAGCUACAGCCCUCUUUUGCUUGGUGGAUGGGACUCAGAGAGACAAAAGGUUAGUCUGCUUAUGUGCAUGCUAGCUAGCAUCCUGUCCUUAGGUAAAGGUCUGCCUCUCUGGUUGCCAAAUACUGAUCAUGAUUCUCAUGACUUAGAGGUUCUGAAGAACCUUUUCCCCCUUGGUUUCUCGAGUCAGGUUAACUAACUGCCAUGUAGGCAAAGCCCCACAGAAGCACAGUUCUGGUAGUAAACUGCACAGAUGUCCAUAGAAAGAGCACUAGAGGCCCAGGAAUGGUCAGUAUGUAGCUUUGGGGUUGCAGAAAGGCAACUGAUGAAGCACAGAUCCCACAGACAUGAAGGCGUAUGACCUCUACCUAAUAGGCUCUGUGUGCGUGUUUUGAGUGACUGACAACGAGACCUAACUAAUGCAAAUAUACACUUGCCUCCUAAAACACACAUUCUGUCUCAUUGUCACUACAUGGAAUGCUGUAGCAUCGAAAUUUCCUGUAACUCCUUUCCUCCUCCGCAAGGACAGAGAAAAAUGGCCACGUGCAGUUGGGGACACUGAGUGCCCCUCUCUUCUCACAAAAAGGCGUGAAGCCUGCAUGAUCCUGUGAGGGCACAGAGCACAUUAAUUUUUGGUGGCUUCUCCAAUGAUUGGAGUGAGGGGAUACAGAUGUUGGAACAGGCACAUUUUUCUUGGAAAACGUGGCCUCUUCAACUCCUGUCAGAUUCCAGAUGGAAACCCCACUGAAAGAAAGCUAGCCUUUAGGCAGGGUUUCCUCUGGAGAUGCUUGUGUGUCCAGAAUGAAAGAUGAGAAUAAUUGUUUCCCUCAACUUCACAAUCCCCAUCGGUCUAAAGUCAUGUAGCCCAGAGCAUCGAUAGCACACAGGCUUUUAAAGACUAAUGACUGAAGAUAAAAAAAAACUUCAACUAAUUUUGGGGUUAUUUCUUCAAUAUGGUACUAGGAGAUGCCUUGUUGGCAACGCACAUUUGGGGUAGUUGAGAUCUUUCGUUUUGACCUUGAGCUUUCUUACCCUGUGGACUGAUUACUGUAACAUUUCAUGGGUAAAAUAACUGGAUAUUCUUUAUAUACUGGAAGCAAUCUGUGAAUCCAAUAUUUCACUAAGUGUUUUAACUUUUGUGUAUAUAUCUCUCAUCAAUAAAUGUGGAUUCUGAUUUCUCUUG